AUAGCUUAACAUAUAUUUUCCAUUUCGUAACAAUAAACAAAAUCAGUUUUAAAAAUGUAGCCAUUAGGGCAAAAAAAUCUGAGUCUCAAUAAUAAUGGGUAUAUAAUUAGAUUAAAUCUUACUAGUGCCGAAAUAUAUUAAGCGGUCACCACCACAAUCAAAUCAUCGAUACUUAUAAAAAUAUCAAUACCAAAAUGUAGAACUGAAUUUGUUAUUUCAAAUUACACGGCUGCGGUAAGAGACUAUCACCACAAUCGAAUUCAAAAUAUUCUGUUACUAGAGUUAUUUUGAAUUAAUUAUUGCUGCCAGCUCUUUUUAAUGUAUUGAAUAACAAUAUCGUUCAAAAUUAAUUAAAACAGUAAAAUCAUAUGUAUGGCAUUUAAGUCAUUUAUACCGCAACGGCUGCAGUAUAAUAAGCGUCCGACACUCAAAUGAUCGAUAACAUCGAAUCAUUGAUACUCAUGAGUAAAGAAUCUUCAUUACAAGUACUUAAAUCAAAUAAGGCUACAUUAUAUUUUAAUUACAUUGUAUUUCAAAUUACAGUAUAAAAAGUAAUUUGGUGGGUAAUUUCAGUUCAGUAUUAUUGUACUACUGUCAGUACAUGUACUCCAUAGUAAGUAGUGUACAAGUCAAUGGUGAACGGUCAGUGAGUUCUUAUGGUAUUGAAUGCUUCCUCCCACCUCAUUGCAUCUAUUACGCUACCUAUAUAACUCUGUGGUGGAUGAAAUUGACAUGACAUAGAGCCUGUCUGAGUUCAGGAGUUAUUCAUGUCAAACAUUAGUGAAGUCGAUUUUAAAGAACUUGAGAAGGAAUUAAAAGAGAGUAUCAAAGAAGACAAGAAGUAUUGGAGAGAAAAUGAUGCUAAAUUAAGAGCUGUGAACCAAAAUGUAUCUACAUAUGAAGAAUUUAGAGAUAUGGUCAAAGCUGCACAUUUAAAACCUUUAGAGAAAUCAGAACGGUUGGGUGCAGAUAAUCGUCAGAAAGGCUGCAUCUGGAAUAGUUUUGUUGAUAGGAAGCCUGACUUGCCACCACUUAAAAAUAUGGAGAUUGAAAAUGUUCUUAACGACAUUAGGAAUGAUGAUGAAUCAGUGACGGGAUUUAGAUAUGUCAGGAAAUUCAGUUUACUCCGGACAAAUGAAGAAAGGUACAAGUUACUAAUGAAAACUGGAACAGAAGAACUGGGAAAUAUAUUUAAAACUGAGAUCCCAACUGGAGUUUUGGGUCGAAUUGUUGAAGCCCUUCUUUGUUUUAUGCCUGCAGUAAAUGAAAUCAUUUUUGUUACUCAAGUACUUGAAAUCUUGAGCAAAACCAAGAGGUUUACUAUCACGCUGGAUUUCUUAACUCGAGAAGAGAAAGAUUUCUGUAGCAAGCUCAUGGGGAAGUUGGAUGAAAGUCUAAAAGACAAUCAACAGGAUCUUGCAGAACAGGGUGUAACUGAGUGGACUAUAACCACUUUACGGUCCAAGUACAAAGUAUAGGCUCGUGUACAAACAUAUCUUGCAUGAUUAAAUAAAUUAUCAUAUAAUGUACAUUAUCCAUUGUUCUGUAAAUUUAAAUUAAUAAUAAACUAGUGUAGAAAAUAGACUUCAGUUUAAAUUGCAGUGAUACAGUAGAAUUCCAUUUGUCCAAACUAGUCUGGAUUGUUGAACAAAAGUAAAUUAAAUACCACUGCAAAACAUUUUUUGCUGAAUCAUUCAAGGGUCAAAAUUGGGCACGGGCACAAAUUCUAUUUUGAAUGUUAUGUAUUGUGUUGGAAUGAUAGAGAGAGAGAGAGAGAGAGAGAGAGAGAGAGAGAGAGAGAGCUCAUCUAGAAAAAUUAAAAAAUUAAAAUUAGUAAAAAGAAUUAGCUAAACUGGACAUGAAGUAUUUGCAGUCUAAUAUUUAUUUAUUAACAAAUCUAUUAUACUGUAUGAAAUGUUAUUCUGUUUAUUAUUACUUUUUACUAUUUUAAAAAUAGAAAUAGCUCACAGUUACUUAAUCAUAGGAUUAAACAAGAUUCCAUUUUGAAAUAGCUUGUUUUCAAAACAGUACAUAAACAAUGUUCUUGCUUCCAAAGAUUGAUUUACAUUUAAUUUCAAUACUAAUCAAAUAAACCGGGUUUGAAUUUUAUUUCAUAUGAAUCAUCCAGCAAGAAUUGGUGUGGAUAAAUGGUGUUUUACUGGAUUUUGUCAUAGUCUGUACUGAUAUUAGUUUUCACGUAGUAAAAUGCUCUCAGACUUUGCUGUGAAUUCUAAUUCCAAUCAAAUUAGUGUUUUCGAAAGGUUUUAACUCUAUUUAAAUCAGAUAAUCUCUUCGCCUUCUAUGAAGGCAAUUGGAAAAUAUUUGAACAGUAAUACAUAGGUAAAAUUUACUACUGUAAAGUGUCUACUAAUAAAAUUUUAGGUGUUGGUGCUGAAACGUUUACUUAUUGAUCUCAGUAAUUUUUAAGUACAUCCAUUUUUUAAAUAUUAUUCUUAAUGUAGUUUAUUGGAGGUUCAACCAUUUCAAUUGUACCAAUAAACCAUCAUUAAGGAUAAUUAUUUAAAUAUAUAUGUAAUCAAUCAUUUAAUAGUUUUUACAAUAUAAGCAUUCCAGAAUUCCAUUAUUGUAGUUGAAUAAUACAAAGAUAUUUUGUAUUGUAAUUAUUUGUUCACUAUACUUAUUUGAAUAGCUUUUAAGAUAAAUUUUAAGCUAUAACCUGUUUGAGCUAUUAAUAUUUUUGUAUGUUAAUGUUUUACUAUAUUAAUUACUUUAUUUUAUUAAUAUUAUUUUUAAAUUACUUUUUUAUUUUUUCCAACAAUGCUAGAGUUCUAUAAACGUAAAUAGGAGAAGUAAACCCAACUAACUAUAAUUAUAAUAAAUCAAAUUGCAAGGCUCACUAAAAAAAUAUAUUUGUUAUUGAAUACUUAAUUAUAUAUUUUAAAAAAUUAGCUAGUAACUUACUUUUUAUAGUUAAAAAUCUGGUACAAAGAUUUUCAUAUAUUAUUGUUUUACUAGUAGUAGUACUAAAACUCCAUUUUAGUCAUUAAUCAGUUAUAGCAUUCAGUUUUGAGACAUGCCACAACCUACAUGGGAAAUAAUAUGUCUUUAGAAGACUGUAAACUUUUUCUUAAAAACACUGCACAGUUAUGAAAUACUAAACAACAAUCAAUGAAUAUAGGUAUAUAGUAUAGAGAUUGUAAUCUGAAACUCGAAUAUUAAAAUUGUACAAAAAUCAUUUCCACUGUCAAACAAAAAUGUCUAUUGUCCAAAUCCACAUACCACUGAUUUCAUUUUAAUAAUUAAAUCUAUAGAAUCAUGUGGUAGUUUAUGUUAAAUUUAACACACAUUUAUGUCCCUUAUGGUGUUUCCUAAAAAUAUUUACAAUUUCAAUGGGAGCAGCCACAAAUCUUUCUAAUUAUAAAAUCUCAACUGUUUUUGCCACGUGGCACCUGUGUUAAUUACUCCCCACAUUCAUAUUGUUAGAAAUGUUGUUCAAGGGUCUCUGUUCGUGUUAGUAGUCUCAUCAACUCAGAGAUGCUUAAUCUGAUACUUUGUCAUCUAUAUAGGGUAUCUGAUUAUACCUGUGUUAGAAUCGAUGUGAAUGUCAUAGGAAAUGUCAAAAACAAACAUUUUAAAAUUGUGUAGUAUUUUAAAGAUAUUCUCAAAAUCUGGGCAAACAUAAUGCUAUAUCAAAUUGAAGUGAGAUAUGCCCAUGGCCAAAUACAGAGGACUUUGAUUGCAAAUGACUAGCUGGAUUUUGCAUGAAAAUGCACACAAAGGAUUGGCUUGGAUUCACCAAGCAGUGGUAUUCUUUCUACGCCACAGGCUGAGGAAGCUAGUGAGCUUAACAAUCUGAUUUUGGCAUGCAAAAAAUAGUCUGCACUAAACACAACAUCUCUGUUUCAGUAGAAUAAUUAUAUUCAUAUUAUUGUCUUCGCAAUUAUAAUAGAUUCUGAUUUAUAGAAAGCAAAUUUUUCUUUAAGAUUGAUGUCAAAACAAAUUGGUGUUUACUUCAUCAUGUUUAAAGGUUUUCUUAGUUUAGAGGCAAUCAAUCACAGGAAAUAUCCAUCAAAUUCAUCACUAAGAUCUAAUAUGGUUGUCGUAUAAAAAGAAUUGUUUAUUUGCAUAAAUUUUGUGCCAGCUUCAAAGAAAGCAUAAAUCAUAACCAAACAUUAGCCAGGAAACAGGUGUUUGUUAGAACAGUUCACGCAGUGUUAAACGUUAUGGUUCUUUUUAAAUUUUGUUAGAAUGAAGUGUUUUGGUUAAACAAUUCGUUUGUUUACAAAUACUGCAGAAUAAUAUUACUCAUUUUGUUUUGUUUUUAUAUGUAAUAAGAAAAUAAAAAUCAUUCUCAAUAAAAUACAAAAUGAAAUUAUAGAUAAAACUAUGGCUACCAAGAGCCUUAGUGCUUGAUAAUGAGAAUGUCAACACAUAUUUUUAUCGUAACACUUGGUACCAAAUAAAUUAAAAAUUCAUACUAAAUAGGAUUACGCUACUUAACAAAAUUAGAAAUUGAUCAUUAUAUUUGUGAAACAAUUAAAUUUAAAUGUAUUAAAAUUAAAUAUAUCUUAUUUUAAUUUCCUAAAAUAUAAUUCAAAAUAUUAUUUUUUAUGAGUAUGCAACUUUACUGUUAUAUUUUGUGAAAAUACUAUAAGACACCAGUAGCUGUUCAAACCUUUUCUGAAUCUUGUUAGUAUUAUGUUUAGAGAGUAAAUAUAAUAUGUUUAUGUCAUAUGUCUUAAUGUAACUUGUAUUUAUCCAUUAUUGCAAUAUAAUUUGCUCAUCUAAGAUUGUUUACAGUAAAAUAUGAAUUAUU